UCUUUUAUUCCAUCGAACGCAUCGGUGCAACGGUUUGAAUAAACACACAUUUUGGAGUUGCUUUUCACGUAUUUCAGUCUCUCUACAAGAGCUCAAAAUGCUCCGUGUACCCGUAGCGCUGUUACUGCUAGCUCUAGUCAUCCCUAGGCUACCCGCUAUCCCAACCCGUACCGCUUCCAAACACAGAGUCCCUCGCGCCGACUUGGAGGACGACACGGACGAACUUGUGCAAAAUGUCGACCAGGUCGUGGACAAGAUGAACAAGGCGCUGGGGGCUGCAGAUGACGCAGCCGAGACGGAUUCAGACGACACCUUGAAGAAUGGUCUGUCAGUCAAGACCACCGAGGUCCGCAUCACUCCACAAAAAGACAAGGCUGAUGAAGACGACAAGAAGGCUGGACCAGUUAAAGCUGCUGCCAACAAAGAGGAACCUCCCGUGACAGUUGCAAAACCAGUCAAAAGCAUCAGUAAAGACGCCUUGGUGGGAAACGCCUUGGAAAAUCCUGAACUCCUCGACUACUUCCUGUCAGCGGGUGAUGGCGUUCCUCCUGCCUUCUUCUUCCCUCAAAAAGCGCCCGAAGAAAUAAUUGCUGAGGAGCCCAAACCUAUUGCAGGGAUCGACUUCAACGAUGAGGAGACACAGGAAGCCCUGGAGGAACUGGAGGCAGACCACAUGGCGCAGGAAAUUGCCAAUCUAGAUGAUAAUGUUGAUAUAGAUGGAGGAGAUCUCAUUGCAUCCCUGGGCCUUCUGGGUCCUCAAAAAUCUAUCCCAUUCGCAGAAGACGAUUUCGAGGAGGAAUUGGACGAUGACGAGUUCGAUGAUGAUGACGAUGAUGACGAAAUCGAGCUUUCCGAGUAUUAGGAGGAUGAUGUGGACUGACGUCAUGAAGACCGAUGACGUAUGCACCACAACAGCACUGCUUCCGUUUGACAUUUAUUCCUUCGUCUUUAUCUUUGCGUCUUUAUAGUCAUAUAACCGUUUGAUAUAAUAUCGUGUCUUUGUUCUAACAAGACAGCCAAGUGAUAUAAGCCCAUUUGUAAAUAUGAUCGUCUUUUUUCUGCCCGAAGAUCUGACUGCGGAAUUUUCAUGUUUUGAUGUAAUGAAUAAAGUUGAUGAAUAAAGUUAAAGUCAACGGCAA